AUGAAGAACAGUACAGAAGUGACACAGUUCAUCCUGCUAGGACUCACCGAUGUCCCAGAACUGCAGAUCCCCCUCUUUAUCAUGUUCACCCUCAUCUGCCUCAUCACUCUGAUUGGGAAUUCGGGGAUGAUCGUGCUGAUUCUGAGGGACUCUCGUCUCCACACUCCCAUGUACUUUUUCCUUGGUAACUUGUCUGUGGUGGAUAUGUGUUACUCUUCAGCUGUCACUCCUGCAGUCACGUGUGGAUUCAUUCUAGAAGAGAAGGUCAUCUCCUACAAUGCAUGUGCUGCUCAGAUGUUCUUUUUUGUAGCCUUUGUCACUGUGGAAAAUUACCUCUUGGCAUCAAUGGCCUAUGACCGCUACGCAGCAGUGUGCAAACCCCUGCACUACACCACCACCAUGACGACAGGUGUGUGUGCAGGUCUGGCCAUAGGCUCCUACAUCUGUGGUUUCCUGAAUGCUGCCAUCCUCAUUGGGGACACAUUCAGCCUCUUUUUCUGUGAGUCCAAUGUGAUCCAUCACUUUUUCUGUGAUAUUCCAGCAGUCAUGGUUCUAUCUUGCUCUGAUAGGCAUGUUAGUGAGCUGGUUCUUAUUUAUGUGGCAAGCUUCAACACUUUUUUUGCGAUUCUGGUUAUCUUGGUAUCCUACAUAUUGAUAUUUGUUACCAUUCUAAAGAUGCACUCCUCUGCAGGAUAUCAGAAGGCUCUAUCCACCUGUGCUUCCCACCUCACUGCAGUCUCCAUCUUCUAUGGAACAGACAUCUUUAUGUAUUUACGGCCCAGCUCCAAUCACUCCAUGGACACAGACAAAGUGUCCUCUGUGUUCUACACGAUGCUCAUCCCCAUGCUGAACCCCUUGGUCUACAGCUUGAGGAACAAGGAAGUCAAGAGUGCAUUCCUGAAGAUUGUUUUAGAGGCAAAAUUAUCUUUAGGAUUGUGA